AUGGCUCAAUUGGCCCCAACUCGUCCGAGGCCGUCGCUGGCCAGACAAUUCGCCAAUUUCACCAAUUCCACCGCCGGUCUGGACUUGACCCUGCGCCUGUGCCAUAGCUUAGUGCUCAUCGGCACUGGACUCGACUUGGACUCUUCCAUCGUGACCAAAUGCGCUGUCGCCGCAUCGCAGAUCGGGCAAGGGCGGCGCUAUCUCCGCUUAUUCGGGUUCCUGGAUUGUUUUCAGAAUGUCCAAGAUAUUCUGUCUACAAAGGAUGCAUUCAGAGACCGCGCAGCCAUGAUAGAUCUGCUCGAGUUCAGCUGCUUGGGAAUGUACCUCGGUCUGGAGGGCACGACGAUGUUACACGAUAUGAACGUCGUUUCGGUUUCGUGGUACACGCCUGUUCUCCUUGAAUCUUACAAGUUCUGGUUCUAUGCGAUUUGUGUCGCGAUUGCAAGAACCGUCUCGGUCCUGCUGUUUGGCCCGGCCGUGCCUACUUCUCAAAAGCAGGCUCAGGAGGUUCAGGAUGAGAAGAAAGAAAGAAGACCCGCGGAAUCCAUUCCUGCCAGAGCAGUACCUACUACGUCGUCUCUUUUGAAGCAGCUUCUCAUUGACUGCUUGGACUUGACUAUCCCGGGGUCCUUACUAGGAUGGAUGCCCAUCAGCGACUUCGCAGUGUCGAUUGCCAUGUUUGCAAGCACCGUCCUUGCCUGGCCGUCAUUGUGGGCAAAAGUGCAACCGUGA